AUGGUAGAUGAAGGUGCAACCAUUAAUCUACUGCCUCACAGUCUGCUGACCAAGAUGGGCAGAACAAAGAAGGAUUUAAUUCCAACACGCUUGACUGUCACCAACUUUGCUGGGGGCGUCACUAAGACUCAUGGAAUCAUGGAUGUGGACGUCAUAGUUGGAACGAAAGAGUUGAAGAUUGCAUUUUUUGUGGUAGACACUACUUCUACCACUUACAAUGCAUUGCUUGGCAGGGACUGGAUCCAUCAAAGCCUAUGUGUUCCUUCCACUCUGCAUUAG